CCCCUCCCUCUGAACCUCAGAGCGCGCUAUAUAAAACAUCCCUCCACUCUGACACUCAGAUGUGCCGUCGCCUCUCGUCUCGCCACAGCGCCUCCAUCCUUGCAUCAAGGAUCAACCCCAGCGAGCUGGUUUUGUUCGCAGCAGACAUCUGACCCUUCCUGAAUGAGCCUGAGAAGAUUCAUCUGCGCUCUCUCGCUUCAGGACCGCCUUCCUCGCUCUUUAUUUACCCUCAAGUUGGGCAGCUGAUACCGGCUCAGUCAGACAAGGGGGGCUUUUAUUUUUUCCCUCCUGAAGAAGAUCAAGGACAGUUUGACAUGAGGGGAGACGCUCCACAGAGAAUCAUGAAGACCACAUGUCUGUGGGCCCCUUUGCUGCUGCUCUCAGUCAUCUCUCUGGUUAGCAGUGCUGAUUCACCAACUUCAGGAAAUUCAGACUUGAGACAAACCUCAAAACCCAAAGUGAAGACCUACUGGACUGAAAGCAGCAAGGCCUUUUCCAUCAGCCGUCUGCUGUCCCAGAGCCUUUAUGACAAAGAGAACUUCACCUCUCUGGAUCUGAACUACGACGAAGCAGACGUGUACUCUAAACGGGAGCAGUGGAACUGGCUUUACAACACUUCAAACCACCGUGAUCCUCGAUCCAGGACAAAAAGGAGGCCCAUCGUGAAGACUGGCAAGUUCAAGAAGAUGUUCGGUUGGGGCGACUUCCAUUCCAACAUCAAGACGGUGAAGCUCAACCUUCUAAUUACUGGUAAAAUCGUGGAUCAUGGCAACGGCACCUUCAGCGUCUACUUCCGCCACAACUCCACCGGUCAGGGCAACGUGUCCGUGGGACUCGUUCCACCGACGAAAGCUGUAGAGUUCCAGGUCCACCAGCAGCACCAGCAGUACCACCACCAUCACCAGCAGCAGCAGCACCAGCAGCAGACGGCUCUGGAGACCAAGGAGACCAAGCUGUUCAACUGCAGGGUGGAGUACGAGAAGGUAGAGAAGGGCACCAGGAACUCGCUGUGUGCCCACGACCCCUCGCAGAGCUGCCCGCAGGAGCAGACGCAGAGCCACGUGUCCUGGCUGUGCUCCAAGCCCUUUAAAGUCAUCUGCAUCUUCAUCACCUUCUACAGCACCGACUACAAGCUAGUGCAGAAGGUUUGUCCAGAUUACAACUACCACAGUGACACCCCCUACCUCCCCACCGGGUGAUCACAUGACCAGACGAGGGGGUGGAAGAAAAGGAAAAAAAAAAGACGCAGAGACAAGCUUGGGGUCCUGAGUGGUGUCAGAUUAUUUGAAUGAAAACGGAGUCAAGACACUUCAAACUUGAAAUGCUGACAGGCAUUAAUACAGCUAACGUAUCCUUGUUGCAAGUCUGGUUCUGCUCCAAUGAACAGACCUACCCCGAGGUCAUUAUGAGAGCAUUUAGGGGAGCAUUUAUAGGCUUGCGGUACUCAUAUUAUAUGCAUAGCUGCUUAUACAUUGAAAGGAAAUUCUCAAGCCAACCGUAAAAAUAUGCUGAUUGUAUUUAUGUAAAUACUGUGGAUUCCACACAAAGACCAGAAAACAAAUUUAUUAAUGUUUUCUCCUGCUAAUUUAGUUGUUUACGUUGAUAGUGUGUUUCCGUCUCAAUCAUGCUUUCUGUCUUUUCCAAUCAGUCUCUGGUAAUCAUCGCAAACACGUAAAUGUCAAUGCAAAUAUGAAGAAUCUGUCAGUGUGCGUUAGAGGGCUUAAUGGAAAAAGCAAACAUAUUUUGAGUGGUGUUGUUUUCUGCAGUGUGAUUGUUCGAGUGAAUAUACCUCUCUGAUAUUGUUGUUGGAACCUCGUCCAUGUCCAUGCAUGAACCGAAAUGUGGUAAACAACUGAAUAAUGUCCAUCUAUAUUUUCGUGUUAUUGCAGCUGUCAGAAAUAAUCUUCAUCAAAUGACGGGAGAAAAAGAACCAAAAAAACAAAAAACAAAAAAAAGUAUUUCUAUUUAAAUUCUGUGUUGUGUGUUAGCAGUUUUUAAGGCCACAAAUAGCGCAGAGUGAGCGAUACAAACGGAGGGCUCCCAUCAGAUCACACGUAAGCAAGUCAAUGUUGCAAUAAAUAAAUAAAAGUCACAUAAGACACACGAGAUGACAGAGAUGCAGGGGAUCAUUUUCUGCACUGCUACUUAAAAAACAAAUCAAACAUAACUGUGCUCUCAUUCUGCUGUGCUCUCAGUCCUGCUUUUCCACUUUAGACGUCUUACUUUUAUGACUUACAACGAGCCUGUAGUGAGCUGAGCCAGUGCCCCCCCGCGGCAUCCAAAAAUAACCGUCAGUGCACACUGGAGCAGGCAUUUGUAUAGAAAAGUGCUAAUAAUAAUAACGAGAAAAGGUCCCAAGGUCAAAGGGGUUUGAAGAAGCAGCAGCAGACGAAGAUGAAGACAUGGAAGUGAUACAGUUCAGCUCAUUUAACAAAGGCUGAAACAGAACAAACACUUCGAAGAUGUGAGAUGUAGUAAAAUGUGGUUUCUUGCUCCAGAGGAGACAGGACAUACAUUAAACAGCAGGUGCUAAUCACACAUUCCACACUAUCCGACGUUCACACCUCUGCUUAUCAAAGAAAAAAAAAUUCGAGAUGAGACUAACUCUGGCUGUUAAUGAUAUUGGAUGUUCCAAUUGGCUAUUAAACCUUCAUUACAUAAAUUGGGAGCCAGUGGCUCCAUGUGAAGCAUUUAGAGGAAAUGAACACGGUGUAAGUGGGAGCUCUGCAGAGUCAACACCAUAGAAGCAAAGAAUUAAAGUGCCGACAGAGAAAACCUGUAGAAAAAAAGGGGGAGGAAAAAAAGCACAAAUGUGCACCUUGGGGCGCAAUCACUGCUGUCUAUUUAAAUUCAGUGCUCUUUCACAGUGUACGCCGUGGUUAUAUACGCAACACAGUAACUGCUAAUGGCAGCCUGGACGACAUCCAAUGUGCCAACGUGGGGAGUGUUUUCUGACAAGGCAGGCCACAGAAUAAGGGCUCUGCCUGUGGGAUGAGUGAGCAUAAAGAGGAAUUUAUGAUGUGGAGGAACAAGGCUGGCAGAAAUCACUGGAAGCACCUGACUCGUAAAUUGAGAGCGUGUUUCUGUCACAGAGAAGAAGGAAUGACUAAUGUCCCAGAUUGCGGUUUGGGCCAGUUCUUUCAUCUCAAUAAAGUGACUUUGAUAUCUCUCCACCCCUACCCAAAUGUGCCAGGGACAGUUUGUUCAGCUUCAAAGAAUUAAAGCAGCUCUUUGCCGAGACAAUGCGGCCUCAUUAUGCACAUAAUCUUACAAGUGUAAACAGUCUGGCACCGAAGGGUUUGGCGUGAGAGCCACCGAGAGACGGACCUCUUCCCGCACUGACGCUGUCCGAGGGUAAAUGUGACGCAUCGUGCCGCUUGCUUUUUAACAACGAUCGUAUGUGUUACUGAUGGAUUUAUAAAAAUGUGACUUAAAGCUGCACUUGUCAAACGUUUAACAAUAAGCUACAGCGACGAACCCGCAGGUUUGCCCUCAGCUCCACGGGCCGUUUUAACAUCUUUCAGCUCGUUGUUUUGUUUUGUUCUUUAAGCCAUCAGCUUCGCUGGUUUGAUUCACCGUCAUCAAUUCCAG